CAAAAAUUAGGUUAUGCGAUAAGCUAGAGAUGUCAUUUGGUGCCAGUUGUUUGCUGACCUGAAUGAGCCACUUUCUGCUUAUUUUCAUGUAUCAAUCAGACCUACAGUUGUCAUCUGCGCAUGAUUCACAGCUGCAGUUGUUUGGAAGUUUGGAGGGUCACGGGGGGAAAGUUAAUGCCUGCGCCUUUUCGUUUAAUGGGGAGUGGCUGGCCAGCGGAGGAAGUGACCGCAAGGUAUUGAUCUGGUCUGUGAUCAACAAAAAGCUCAAGUACACAAUCGAUCCUGGAUCAGAUGGUCAUACAGCCCAUAUCACUUACGCACGCUUUAGCCAUGAUGACAGACUGAUCUUGGGGACAACAUCUCACGAUAAGACUGUACGUAUCUGGGAUCUGUCAUCUGUUACUCAAGCAAAUGCUUCGACAGUCAAGUUAAUUCAGAUUCUUAAAGGACACAACACUACGGUCACAUCCGUGGAUUUCAGCCCGAGCCCAGGGAGCAAUCAUUGUAUGUCUUGUGAUUUAGAAGGCGAGCUUCGUUUGUGGGACUUUACGACAGGGCAGUGUGAACAGUCGAUGAAGAUGGUAAGCCUCUCUUUUUUUAAACGAGGUCCUCAGUUUCUAUUUGUUCAUUAAAAUUUUUGUUGGUUUCUUCAUAGUCUACCAAGUCGGUGUCUUCUCCUAGUCCAGUUCGAUAUCAUCCACAUAAUUCGAAUAUUGUCGCAGUCGCAAUAGGUGGAACGCUUUAUAUUGUUCAG